GGGGAGUGGGAAGGCACUCUGAAAUUACUUGACGAUUCUCACUGGGGUACUAUAAUUGGAAGAGCUGAUGUGAAACACUUGUCCUCUAAGAAAUGGAAGUAUUGAUAUGAAGAAAAAUGUUACCUGCUGCAUGAGGCUCGCUCUUCGGGAAACUGUUUCGUUUUGUUUGUGCUAUUGUUCUUCUGUAAUGACACAAUUUUUAUAGGAAGAUUGAGCUGUCUUUUCUCAUUCACACUUGAUUGCUGCUGUGUGAACUUUCACAAAUAGGUUUUUACCUGGAUCUUUGAUAAGCAGUAGUGACGGAUCUAGAACUAGACAGAUCUAAAACUAUCCAAGGGACCUCUUCAUAUUACUGCUGUUUGAAAGUCAGUGGAUCACAGUGCCUAACUACUACUAGAACAGGAUUAGUGGACAGCAGACUUCAAAUGCUUGAUGUUUACCUAUUGACAAUAAUCUCAGUUUAAUUCAGAACUGCCUAUAUGACAAGCUGGUGCUUCCACUGAUCUGCUCCAAAGAAUAAAUCUUUUACCAGAUGCUCCUGGGGAAGCCCUUCCACUCUGCUUCUAUGCCUAGGCUGUCCCAGGGCACUACUUGGAUAUGGCAAGAUUUCCAGGCCACUCAUCCCCUGCCUGCUGGGAACCAUCCAGAUCUGGUCCAUAAGCAGCAGCUGCAGGGCGAUAAAUUGCAUUCACCAGCAGAGGUCUCCCACAGCCUGCUGCUGUUACUGAAGCUGGCAGCUUGGCGCUCUGAAGACAUAGCGAGGGAAAAAUCUAUACAAUAUCUGGAAAUCAGGUUUUGUCAUGUGGCGUUCAGCACACCUGGGCCUGGUAGCUGGCUGCUGAGACUGGACAAUAACAAUAUGUGCUCCUUCCUUCACAUCACCACAUGUACAUUCCUACCAGAGAGGUGCCAUAGGGGAUCUUGAACCAUAUAACACCCUCAGAAGAUUCACUGGCAAUGUGUUGUGAGGUAAUCUCAGGACGUUUUGCAAGGGUGAAAUUCUCUACAUGUUGUGGGACAUCGGGAAGUCUGAACAGAGCCCGGCACUCACAGGGGGCUGCCCCAAGCACUCUCCGGUUCCCCCCACUUUGGCUGGAGCGGAGCCUUGGAGGCAUCCAUCCAUACUGCUCGAACAGCCUUUAGGUUUUGCCGUUAUUUUAGAACAGGUGGGAGGUGAUGGAUUCCCCCAGACAGUUCUCCUUUCUGAGUGUCACGUCUUCACACAAACACGCACCAUCAGUCCUCCAGCCUGGGGUGCCUGUGAUGCACUGAAAUAAUGUGCUCCAAGGAAGAGGAUAAUCUCCUACAUGGUGCCUAUCUUGCUACUCCAGUGUUCUCACGUCCUGACAACAAUUGGCAAUAGAAUAAGAGUUACUGAGGAAUUAUUUGACAUCUUUGUGAAUUUGGUGCUCCAGUUGGAGACAGUCAGCUACGUGCUGAGACAAGAUGCACAGAAUGGCUGAGAACUGCUAAAACCAGAGUUUCCUUCAGAACUUACCUGAUGCGAUGCAGCUUUUAGUGCAUAACAUGCAUUUUAUAUAUCUAUCUAAUGAAAAACCUUUGAUAAGAGCAUGUUUCUGUGUUUUAGAGUGAUUAUGUAUUAGUGUUUUAUUGUUCCCAUAUAUGUGAAAUUCUUUGGAGAAGAUUGGCAUAGUUCCUACAGAAUCAGUCUUCUGAGGUGAGCAUACAGCACAGAAAGCAAGUAUGGCAGAGCAGGAGGUCUGUUGUAAGACUGUUAUAGCAUGUACGUAUAUAUAUAGAUAGAUAUAUACACAUAUAUGUUUGGAAGACUCACACAGCCCUUUCUAUUGCUCCCCUGCUCUGUUUCAAGCACCCACCUGCAGCAUGAAUAACUCCAUGAAUGAUUGUUGCUAUAACUGUAAGUUCAGGUCACUGAGUUUGUGAUGUGUAAGGUCUAUCUUCUGUGUCUUUUAGGUAAUAAUUAUUUUUAUAUGGUGUAAAAAAGUAUUGUGAGGCUUGCUUCCUAUGUUUAUAUGACGUAUGAAAUUCUUGUGUAGACUGACCACUAUGACAAAACAUUAUGAAUCACUUCAUUUACUGACGAAAUGGAGAUUCUCAUGAUUAAUGACGAAAUGGAGGAAAAAAGAUUGUACCUGCCAGAAACUUUUCUCUGGUGGGCACAAUGUCAUUUCUCUGUUUGGGUUUUGCUAGGACACCAAAUGUAAUGCCUUUGUGGUGGGUUUACCUUACCAGGCCCCACCACACCGUUCUCUUACUCCUUUUUCUCCAUAGGACAGAAGGAGAAAAAGCAAGAUGGAAAAGGUCAUGGGCUGAGAUAAAGACGGGGACAUCACUUAUCAAUUACCAUCAUGGGCAAAACAGACUUGGACAGACUUGGCUUGGUGAAGAUUAAUUUAAUUUAUUACCAAUUAGAAGUAGAGUAAUAUACUGGGAAAUAAAGUCAAAACUACAGAAACCUUCCCCAUUCUCCCUUCCUCCCAGACUUAAUUUCAUUCAUUCACUCUUAACUCUUCUACCUGCUCCUCCCUAAGCAGGAGACUGCAGGGCAAUCAGUAAUACCUUGGAUAGUUCCACACCCAUAAGAAUGAGUGUCCUCAUUUGUAUGUGUCCUAAACUGUUACCAGUUUAGGAUUAAAUAUGUUUUUUAUGGGAUCCUCAUCACUAGCUUAGUUUUUUUUGGGUUUUUCUGCCUAAGCACAUCCACCUUUGCUCUGCUCAGACGGAUUCUGGUGCAUGCUAACGAUCCACACAUAACCGAAGUUCUCGAGAGGCCUGCACUUAUCUCCUGGCUGCUGGUGGUAAAUGUCAGCAGAGUGAAGCAAAGCUAAUUUACAGCUACGUUCAGAGCAGCCCUGAGGUAUGCCUGCACUUUCCUUCCUCACGUUGAGGGCUGCAGGUUAGAUGCAGCUGAGCUGAAUGCCUGUAAAUACAGGAAGAACACAAACAAACCUUCCCAUGAGGCUUAUUCUGCAAAACAUGUUACAAUCAUUUAUUGCAUGUAACUAUUUUUUCUUAGCAAUAAUUAACACAGAUACUUGCUUGAGAGCUAUCCACAACAUAACAGAGCAUUGUCCUAUAACAGAGGUAUUGUAACUGGAACUCCUCGCACUUGAAAAAUUAAUCUGGAUCCUUGGAAGAGUCAGGGCACUUCUGUUUUACAUGAGUUGCAAAAUCCUAAUACAGCCUGCAGGGAGACAUUUUUCAGGUGCUGUUCAAUAAACCUGAGUUGAUCUGGGUACCUUUUCUCCGACUUCUGUACUAGCUUCCAAACUCCCUGUUGUUCUUGUUUGUUGUUGAUGGUGGUUGGUUGACUUUUUUGCUUUUUAUUUUUUAAUGCAUAUUAAAAUAGAUCUUCUGCAGAAGUGCCUCUUGUGCGUGAGAGCCAUGUAUUUCACGAUCAUCAAAAGAGCGAAUGGCGAAUAAAAUCAUUAUUUUCUUUUUAUGAAGUUGCCCCAUAAGCAGUAAACUAGACUCCUACAGCUGCUGAUAGUUUGCAGAGCUAUUCAAGCCAGCUGCGUAUAAAAGUCUGAUUGAUGGAAACUGCAGUUUGUAAAAGCAGCAGCAGAGCUGGCCAAAGCUGUAGCCGCUGACUUUCCAGCCCUGCAUCCACCAAGGAGCUUUGCUCUCUGCUGCCACGGUCCCAUUUUCCUUCCAGCCCAUUUGGAUAUCCCCCUGCUGCAUAUGAACCCCAUGGCUGGGAUGAAUGGCCCUGCAAGAGGGCCAGAGCAACAGCUGAAUUUUCAUGAGGUUUGAAACGUUGACAUUUGGGUUUUAGAAGAGUUUUAUAUUGCAUCUAACUGGAAAAAAUAAAUAGCAACGGUGGCAACUUGACAGUUCUUCUCAAUCCAUCCAUCUCCCUUCGUGCAAAAUGAAGACCAGGAGCUGGCUGUGCUGGUUUACAAACUUUGUGAAGUUGCUCUUCGGACCUGAAGCCGGCUCCUAGCUCCCUUUCCCCAAAAAGCUUCCCGUUCCGUCCUAGCUUUGGCCACGAGGUGGCAAUAACUUGCAAACAAAACGCUGAAACUGCCAGGCAGCAACUGGAAACUGUCUCCCUCCCUGAGCUUUUCGCUGAGCUCUUUCCCCUCCUCUUUUGUUUCAAUAUUUAAUUGCAUUUAUUUCGGAAUUACUAGGCAACCCACCCCCAGAUGUGUAAUUUAAAGGUGAUGUGCUUGCAGUGAGAUUUCCAGGAUCCGCUCAGCAGAGCACCAUCCAUCAUGUGAUGCUGGGAUAAGGUGGAGUUCGGCUUUAAGGGGGAGUCUCCAGUCUUCCUCACCCAGCUUUGGGAUCUCAGCUGGAGGAAUACCACAGGAUCCUUCCCCUCUCCCUGCUCCUCAGACAGCCCUAGAGAAGACCAAAGGCAGGCAGAGAGCUGCAAGGUCCUGCGAGAGAGAUGUGGCACCAAGGGUCUCCUUGCAGGCUGAUGGGCACUUUUCAAACACCGUGACAGGUUUGGAUGAGACCUGUGGCAGCUGGGAAUAUUAUACAGCAAGUUGGGAACAACAUGAAUGCUUCAGUUCUCGGCUCCCUGGGAAAUAGUUCCAGCUACCUGAAUUUUUCGGAGAAGAACUCGCAGAUCUUACAGUUUGAGGAUGAAGAUUGCCACGUGCCUUUGGCCAUGGUCUUCACCUUGGCCUUGGCUUAUGGGACUGUGAUAAUUCUGGGAGUCUCUGGGAAUCUGGCCCUGAUUGUCAUUAUUUUAAAACAAAAGGAAAUGCGCAAUGUUACUAACAUCCUCAUUGUCAACCUGUCCUUUUCUGAUCUUCUAGUGACCAUCAUGUGUCUUCCCUUUACCUUUGUGUAUACCUUAAUGGACCACUGGAUUUUUGGGGAGGCCAUGUGCAAAUUGAACCCCUUCGUGCAAUGUGCCUCAAUCACCGUCUCGGUCUUUUCUCUAGUCCUCAUUGCCAUUGAGCGCCACCAGCUGAUCAUCAACCCCCGAGGCUGGAGGCCGAACAACAGGCAUGCCUAUAUGGGGAUUGCUGCCAUAUGGAUUUUAGCCACGGCUUCCUCCUUGCCUUUCCUGAUCUACCAUGUGCUAACAGACGAACCCUUCAGAAACAUAACGUUUGAUGAAUAUAAGGACAAAUAUGUGUGUUUGGACCUCUUCCCCUUGGACACUGCCCGGCUUUCUUACACCACGACUCUAUUGGUGAUUCAGUACUUUGGACCACUUUGUUUUAUAUUUAUUUGCUACUUAAAGAUAUACAUACGAUUAAAAAAAAGGAACAACAUGAUGGACAAGAUGAGAGACAAUAAAUACAGAUCCUCUGAAACCAAAAGGAUCAACAUUAUGCUGAUCUCAAUAGUGGUUGCCUUUGCCGUUUGCUGGCUGCCUCUGACCAUCUUCAAUAUCGUGUUUGAUUGGAACCAUGAAAUUCUGCCCGUUGCUACCUGCAGCCACAACCUCUUGUUCCUCAUCUGCCACCUCACCGCCAUGAUCUCCACCUGUGUGAACCCCAUCUUCUAUGGGUUUCUCAACAAGAACUUCCAGAGGGACCUGCAGUUUUUAUUCCACUUCUGCCACUUCCGCUCCCGUGAGGAGGAUUAUGAGACCAUAGCCAUGUCCACCAUGCACACAGAUGUUUCAAAAACCUCUCUAAAGCAGGCAAGCCCAGUCGCAUUUAAAAAAAUAAAUAGUGAUGAUGAUGACAAAAUAUAAAAAAAAGUCAUAAUUCUACACCAAACCUCUGAAAGCGUGAUCACAGGUGAAAUAUGUCCAAGGACAAGCACAACUAUGUAACAAGUGCAAAAUGGGUAAUGCUUUUCUUCUUUUUCCAAGGAACUGGGAUUGUUGUCGCUCUGAAAUUAUACGCUGUGCAUUUUUGCCCCUUUUGCUGCUUUAAUGUUCACAGCAGUUAUAUCUGAAUCUUAUUAUAUGAUGUAGUUGAACCUGCUACUACCUGUGGUUUUCAUCAGCUGUCUUUUGUUCUGUUUUCUUUGUACAGUUACGCACUUUAGCUCAAAGAUAUAUUUAUUGAUUUUUAUUUAAGGAAGUAGUUUUUGGGAGUGUCCAUCUAAGAUCAUUAGAAAUUAUAAAAUUACAUGAGCCACAGGGAGACUGUCACUACAGAGGACACCCAUCCCAGCUUGAAAUUAGGACUUUUUGAUCUGAAGAGUUGUUCUUUUAUUUAAUUUUUUUUUUUAAUCUGGCUUUUGAUCAAUGCUAAAAUCCUAUAAAAUCAGUAGAGGCAUGCAGAAAAUGAUUCUGAGAAACCUGUAGAAUAUGGUAAAUGGGGACAUGCAUUUGUUUCAUUCACAGGGGCAAUUUGGGCUGUAAUCACUGAGGUUCAAAGACAGGAUUAGGAGAGAAAUUCUGUUCUCAUUUACAAGAAUAAAAACCUAGAGUAACUCUACAGAGCACAAUGGGAUAAUUCUGAUUUUCACCACAGCAAAUGAAAGCACAAAUGAGUCUUUAAUCCCAAAUGAUUAUGGCUGACUUUAAUAAUGUGGGCUUUUUAAUUAAAAAAGUAAAAAAUAAAAAUAAAAAAAACAACACAACAAAAAAGCCAACUGCAUUUUCAUCUGCUGUCUCCAGAAGGCUGGGAUGAAAUUUCCUGUCAGUCCCAAGCUUAUGAACCCUGAAAGUCUCCUUCUGUCCUGUAUAUGUCAGAAAUCUGAAGGGAGAUGGGAAUGUUUGCUUUCUGUACAAGGUGCAAUUCCAUCCUCGCAGGUGAUAUUAAAAAUCCAGGAUUAAAUAUAUAUAUAUAUAUAUAUAUAUGGCUCUAGCUACCUGAAUCUUUUCAUAAUAAUUAGUGCUGAUCUAUAUAAAUUAUGUAUAGCCUCAUAAUGUUCUGUGUUCAGAUGCAACGUUAUAAGCCUGGAUUUUCGCCAAGAUGAUGGAUGGCUUAAUCAAAAUCUGCAAAAUUUAAAAGGAGGACAUAGUAUGGUUGCAAUCGGUAUGUUUAGCUUCUGAACUCAGUUUCCACAGUUGACUGAAGUGCAGAAAUAUUUGCCAGAUGUACACAAUAGAGCUCUGUGUGUUAUUGCUUAAAAUAUAUAACCUCUAAUUACACAAAAUAUAUGUGACUAGAUCCCCAGCUGAGGGAAACCUGCAUAACUUGACUGCUGUACAUGAAACUAUAACAAUUUCAGUCAGCUGAGGUUCUGCAUCAUACAGUGCACUUUGCAAUAUAAUCAAUGCCUUUUUGAGUAAUCAGCUUUUUAAAAUACAAUUUAGUCCCUAUUUUUAUUUAGCAAGGUCAUUUUAAACCAUUCUGGCAGAGAAGAGGGUCUUUAAAAUGGAUAUAAAUGUAAAUGUAGCAUAAAUGGGACUCAGAUCUGAUAUGUCUCUGAACAAAAAGAUCCCAGGAUGUGAUGGUGAAUUUAAUAUGUUCUAAAUUUGACAUGGAUAAAUGCCUAAGAAAUGAAAAUUAUUUGGUUUGCCAGUAUUUAAAAGUCAAAAACUGUGCCUUGUGCAGUCUUAUAAAUAGUGUAGAAUAUUGAAGUAGCAAUGUGUUCUUGUGUAUUAUAAUUCCAUGUAUUUCUUUACUGACAGAUAAUUUAAUUAAAAAAGGAGGCUUCUGUAGUUGAAAACAGAGAGGGAAUGUAUAAAAUGAAUUAUAAGACAGAACUUUCUUUCAGAGCUUUGCCCUUUUGUAUUUUAUGAAAUUUCCCUUUUCUAUGUGGUUUUCUGUGGAGUGUGUUGCUGAUAAUUUGACAAGAGGCUCCUGAAAUUAUUCCCCUGUCAUUUUAUAGUCAUUUUCUUAUGCAAAGGGGUGUGUAUUUUCACAAAGAGAUACAAUUCAGAAAACCAGCUAUGUGUUUCUAUUAAGAACGUCACAGUAGGUUUUCCUUAUUGGGGAAAAAAAAAAUCACCGUGCAUUUUUUUUAUUAUUGUUAUACCUAUCGGGGUGGGGGGUGGGUAUCGCUUUCUUCCAAACCGGUGGGAGAAGACAACAGAACAAUUUGAGAAAGUUAUCAGCUAGUUGGUUGGAAACGUUUGAUUGGGCUGAAGAAGAUGCUUGCACGGGGUAGGUGUUGGCAUGACUUUAGAGUGCUGGUGUACAGAGACCUAGAAGUGGUGUGUCCUGAGAUUUACAGGCCUGCAGUGGGAUAGCAGCACAAUUACCCCUGUGUCAACCUUCCUCCUGCUUGAGGUAUGGUCUCAAAUCAUAGCGCUCAUCUGAUACCAUCUCAUUUUAUAUCUCCUGAGAGUGUGUUUAGUUUUAAUUUUUUUUAACUUUCCCGUGCCCGAUAAACAAGCUGAGGCUGUGCCAGCAUGUGCAAGUUCAAGCAUGCCUUUGGCUGGUCCGUGCUCAGCUCAGAAGCCAUUUUUCAGCUGCACUGCUGUCCUAGGAUCAGGCCUCUUUUCCAUGCUUCCUCACGGCCCUGCAAGAAGCACUCUGCCUUCCUGAGGCGCUGCGAAAGACGCAGUCCAUGCAUGGUCACCCGAAUAGCACAGGCCGUGGGCACUGUGCAGACAGUCUCAGCAGGAAAAGGCAUUUGCAGAAUUUCAGAAGCAAAGUCAUCACUAUUCAGAAGAAGUUUUUAUGAGGACAAAGAUAAAAGUAGUCUCUCUGAGGUGCUGACCUGACAUCUGCAGGGUGUAGAUGACAUCUACUGAGAGCAGUAUUUUUGUCUUUGGUUGUAUGACGACACCAGAGUCCUCAAAAGCCACUGGAGACUUUCUCCUACUGACACCUGGCUACAACACAAAUCCUCUUUCUCACUUUCAGAUCUCCAGCAUGGCUUCUCAUCCUCUAUUAAAUUUCGUUAUAGGGUGAGCUGUUGGGCUUCACGUUUCUCAGUCAUUACAGUUUGGUAUUUUUUCCUUUCAUGUGCUGUUUUGUCCAGCUCUCCACACUUCAGCACAUACUGAGUCCUGUCCCCAAAACCUGAAGAUCUCUCUUUUUCUUUCAGACUGGUAGAAAAAUUUUACUGACAGAAAAACAUAAUGGUGAGGGAUCUAUAAUGUAUCUCACUAUUUUUGUGCAAUACAUUUCAUGGCAAAUCUACAGCCUUAAAUGACAAAUGUAACUGUUUAAUAAACAUUAAUAUCUGCUUCA